AUGACUGACAUGCCACGACAACACAAUGAUAGCUUCUUUUUCAGACUGUACUGCAUAGUACUACGCCCUGAUUUGCCCAUCUUCGACGCAGGCCUAUUGACAUUUUCUUUACAUGAUAGUUCUCCAGAAAUGGUUGCAGUAGCUGAGAUCGCGGUCAGAGACAGGGUGCAGAUACUGUGUUUGGUCCGAGUACAGUUCCACAUCGUCCAUGCAGUGGCCUUUCCACGCCCCAGUCAUGGAGGUCGGAGACAGUGUGACAACUCACAAGUCAUUUAG